AUGGCCGAAGUCAAUGUCAACACCAGCAUCGAGGCGCAGACUCGUGCAAAGGCUGGGGCGAAGAGCCUGUCUUCUAGCCUCGAUGGAGCCGCCGGAGUUGGAAAGAGCUCUGGCAGUGCCUUGCAAGGUUCCAGACGCGAAAACACCCCCACCAGGAGGCCCCUCACAAAAUCGGACGCCGGUCCCCAGACUCGCCGUCCGAAAACGCCAGUGGCACCGACGCCUGUUCAGCUGCCAAGAGUCGCAAGCAUCCCUGCUGGCAGGCGGUCAAGCGGAGAAGGGGAUGCGCAGGUCGAGCGGCGGCCGUCGAGUGCUGCGGGGGAGCGGCGGAUGUCCGGGGAAGGGAGUGCGGAGAGCGACUUCAAACUUGACCUGAGAGCCCAGGAUCUGAAGGCCCUGCGACCUGCUUUGAUUGGCGUCUCCAAGCGUAUUGAGUUCGUCUAUCUGCGUCACAACAGGCUGCAGUCGCUCGAGGGGAUCGAGGUUCUCAAGAAUCUGAAGAUACUGGAUGCCAGCUUCAACGAGCUCUCCGACAGCUGCCUGCCACAGCUGCAACAAUUGCAGUCCCUACAGCAACUUUUUCUGGCGGGCAACCAGCUCCAGUCUCUGACCAGCCUGCCCCAGCUUCCAAACUUGGAGUUCCUGUCGGUGUCGGGCAACGCCAUCACGUCCCUUGCCAUGCACAGCUUGCCAAGACUCGAGGUUUUGGCGGCAAGCAACAAUCGCAUCACCAGCCUUCGAGACCUGCCCCACCUUCCAGCCAUAGAGGCGCUUCGAUUGGACGGGAACGAGUUUGCAAGCCGGCCGCACGCGAGGGCCAUUGCCAUCAUCUUGGCGGGGCCGACGCUCCGGAAGCUGGACGGCGAAGCUGUCACGGAGGAGGAGCACCGGCGCGCUUUGGAACUGCCACCGCACACCAUUCCCUGCCUAAGGGCAGGAUGGGACGUGGCAGAGGAGCACGACUCGGCAGAGUUAGGGACAGAAGGCGCCUCUUCCAAUCUACGGCCUGAACAUGUCCAAGAAUCUACGGCAGCCUUUCUAACCAGCCAGCAUUCCCAGCACGCGCCCCCCCACUGCCACGUCACCAAGUUCGUUAUCGACCAGCCUAAGGAGGGCGAGCUCUGCCACUGCGAUUUUGCUUUCGCCAGCGAGUCGGAGACAGAGGAGGACCUCGUUCUCAAGUACCGGUGGUACCGGGGACCGAGGCACGGUUUCGCCUUCAGGUCGAUUGCUGACGUCACCUCGACGGUUUACGAGCCGCAGGCGGUAGAUGUGGGACUCUGCUUGAAGGUGGAAUGCACCCCCGUGUUCCAAGGCACCGAGUAUCCACCGGUUUUCGUGAUCUCGCGGGAGGUCGUUGCUGGUGGCCGAGUCCCGAAGAUCCAGAGCAUUCGCGUCAGCGGUGAGGCCAUGGAAAUGGGCCGUCUAGUGGGCAGUGUUAGCGUGGCUUGGUGUGGGGCCAAGCCCGGCAGAAGCCGUGUCAGCUGGCGACGGACAUCCCCGUCUGGAGAAACGACCGUCAUCGAGGGAGCGGACCAGACGGAGUACGAGGUGACGUCAUCUGACGUGGGCUCCAAGCUGCAGUUUCACUAUCAGCCCUUGUCCGAGGCAGGAGCCGUUGGGGAGGCGCAGUGUGCGGAGACCGAGGUCGUGCAAGCAGUGCCUCCCGCAGUGGGAGACGUCGAGAUCGUGGGGAAGCCCGUGGUGAACAGAACUCUAAAAGGAAAGGGAACCUACGUUGGGGGAAAAGAGGGCCCGAGCCGUUAUGAGUGGCUCAGGGAGCGCGAGGGAACGAGUGAGCUCGAGUUGGCGACAGAACCCAACGACGGCCUCGAGUACGUUCUAAUCCAGGCCGACUUGGGCGCCCGUAUUCACUUUAAGUAUAUUCCAGUCAACAUAGCAGGGACAGCUGGCGAAGCGCGGACAGCCACCACAGGGCCCGUCAUGCAAGCCCCGCCGCACGUUAAGAAGCUCUCAAUCGUGGGUGACGUCAUGGAGACCCGCGCGGUGCGUCUGGAGGCGACGUACGUGCACGCUGACGAGAGCCUGACGACGGUCCAGUGGUUUGGAGCCAAAGAGGCCAGAGUGCCCAGCACGGAAGUGGAGGAGGCGGGCAUGGGUUGGACCAGCUUCAGCGAGGGGACCACAGAGAAGUCGUUCGUGGUCCCCCCUGAAGCGGUGGGUCGCUUCCUGGUCGCUAAGGUGACACCGCGGCGGCCUGACGAGGCGGGGAGCUCGACGUAUGCUUGCACCAACGAUGCGGUUGAAAUGCUGCCACCAGUCGUGCGCGCCGUGACCGUGAGCGGAACGGUCAAGGAGGGCGAGAAGCUGACGGCGUCCUACAAGUACGACGGGGGACACGAGGGAGCGAGCGAGUUUGCCUGGUACAGUCAUAAAGACGGGAGCGACUCCGGAACUUUGAUACCGGGCUCACAAGGCGCACUGGAGUACACGGUCCGCCCAGAAGACGUGGGGAGACAUGUGUCUUUCCAGUGCACUCCCAUUCGGAGAGACGGCGGCCGGGGCGAGAUGCAGCGACACUUCAACGCUGAGAAGGUUGAGGGAGGCUUGCCCUCUGUGUCGAAUCUGCGAAUCGAGGGAAGCACCACCGAAGGGGCCGAGCUGCGCGUCGAGAAAGAUUACGUUGGCGGGAUGGAGGGCGCGUCAGGCUACCGUUGGCACUUACUAACAUCUGACGGGCAACAAGGGGAGAUUGAGGGCGUGACGGGACCGGUUUACACAGUUCGGACGUCCGACGUCGGCGCGAUGAUCAACGUCGAGUGUACGCCGGUCCGAAGCGACGGAGUGGAGGGGGAGACCCUCUUUUCGCCGUUGAGAGGGCCGAUCUUGGCUUGUCCGCCGCAGUGCGAGAAGCUGGUGUUUCGGGGGGAAGCCGUCGAAGGGGAGAUUUUAUCUUUUGAGGCGACGUAUCGGGGGGGCGCUAUGGGAACCAGCGUGGCCGAGUGGACCCGGGUGGAGCAGGACGGGCAGGAGACGGUCGUCAGCAACCAAGAGGCGAUCCGGCUGCGGAAAGCUGACGUUGGCUGCCGGCUGCGGCUUACGUACACCCCCGUUCGUUCGGAUCUGGCGACGGGCGAGCCCGUGUCCCUAUUGUCCGAGGUCGUGACGCAAGGAGGACCGCUGGGUUUGGAGUUAACCCUCCCGAGUACGCCAGUGGAAGACCAGGAGCUGGACCCCCGCGCCGUGUAUUUCGGGGGGGAAGAAGGGCCCAGCGAAUGGCAGUGGUAUCGCUCCAAGGACCCCCCCAGAGCGGAAGCAAGCUCGCGCGCGUCUUGGACCCCAAUCGCCCACACUCGGAAGUACACCCCUGGCCUUGCUGACGUAGGCUGUUACCUCAUCCUGGAAUGGACGCCGGUCCGCGCCGACGGGAAUAAGGGCGCCCCGCUGGACGCCUUUGCGACGUCGCCAGUGGAACCAGCUCCGCCCGAGGUCUUGGCCAUCGAAGUGCGCGAGUCAGGUCAGGGCGGUUUCGUCGGGAUCGCUCAGUACCACGGAGGGUUGGAGGGGGCCAGUCGGAAGCAAUGGCUAAGAGAGCAAGAAAAGGGGAAGCUCGUUCCUAUUCCGGGGGCCACGUCGAACAUGUACGAACCGGGGGAGGAGGACUACUCAGGGAAGCUUGUCUACUCGUAUACCCCCGUGAGGACGGACGGGACGGAGGGAACAACGGUGUUCUCAGAGCCCGGGGGGACGGUGUAUCCGGAGCUGCCUGGUCUGGGUCGCUUGACGAUCUCGGGCAAAGUGGCGGAGGGCCAGAUGCUGACGGCGCUGGAGGACCUCCCGGGCGGCGAUAAGCAGCAGGACCUCUGGCGGCGCUUCAAAAAGGAGAUCAAGUAUCAAUGGUCUCGCUCCGCCCCCGGUUCCCCCGAGCACUUUUCCCCGCUGCCGGCGCAGCGCUCCGUGAGCUACAAGGUGCGUCUGGAUGACGUCGGCCGCCACCUCAAGUGCGAGUGCACGGUCGUCGACGUCUUUGGCCGCGCAGCGCCGCCCGUCGCGUGCGUGACCGACGUCGUCAAAGCAGCCGAGCCGAAGAUCGAACGGCUUCAAGUCGACGGCCGGGGUUUUCACACCAGCACAUACGCGGUCAGAGGGACGUACAGUGGGGGGCGGGAGGGAAAGAGCGUCAUCCAGUGGUUCCGGGCGUCGGGAGCCAAACCGAACGAGGACCUCACACCGAUCCCAGGUGCCACCGGCCCAGUGUACGAAGCGCAGCUUGAUGACGUGGGCUCGCGCCUGGCCGCGCGCUACACGCCCGUCCGAGACGACGGCGCGGUUGGCGAGCCGGUCAUCGUCCUCACGGCGCCGAUCGCUGUGGACCCGGAAGUCGCUCGGGAGGUGAAAAACAUUCUCGACGGUGGGGCCGCCAAGUUCGAGACGGGCGCUGGGGCGGAACGGCGAGUGGUGGACGUUAACCGGAAACGGAUCAAGGUGGUGCGCCCGGGGCUGAGCAAGGCGUCGUUUUCGACUGUGGAGGUUAAGGGAACCUACGCGCCGCCGUUCAAGGUGGAACUUUUUGGGGACGACCCGAACCGGCUCAAGAUCGUCAUCGACGAUGAGAACGACAUUGAGUUGGUUGUGCACACGCGCAACACCCGUGACGUGAUUGCUUUAGCUGUCCGAGGUUUCGCUCAACGCUUCCACUGAGACUGUAGUGCACUAAAAGCACUAAUCACAUGCUUCGAGUACUAAUAUGAGUCAAAGUGAGAGUAUGUAUCUUCGGUAGAGCAGAGCAGAGAAUAAAACAGCCCACUUGAACCGUCGUAGGUAGUGAGUGAAGCGGGAAAGCUAAUACGCGUAGGCUGAUACUAAGCUAGAAUCCACGUAUGUAAGGACGGGAAUUAGAUGCAGCCGUCGAGAUCUUGUGCCUUGUGUGUGAUCGAUCAUUGGGGAUAAGCGUGUAUCCUUCCUCCG